UAAAAUAAAAGCAAGAAACAUGGCAAGGGGCAUCGGGCGUGAAGAGAAACUCGAGGGUGUUUUUUGAGAAUCAGUCGGUGCAGGUGCUUCGAACGUUGCGGGUUAGCUUAACAGAACUAAAAAAACGAAAUAAUGGAUGACGAACCAACGUGGGAUUUGGACGAUAUACCCGCUGCCGAUGAACCUGCAGCAGGUGAAGCAGCUGUAGAAGGGGAUGUUGCUGCAGAAGCUGCAGCUCCCUCCGGCCCCCGAGAAAAAUGUGCCCCGCCUCAUUAUACUUACCACUGGGUUAAGCCACUCGUCCUCAACUAUCGCUACAUUGACGAUUACAGACUAAAUUAUUACAACGAUGUAAUCGACUGGAUGGACAAACGAAACAAAGGAAUUUAUCGUGACAAACCAAGGGCCCAGGAAUGGUCAGAAAGAGCACUUCAAAUGUAUACCCUCAAAAAUAAAAAUCCAAGCAUCAAACGAACAGCAGACAUGCGAGAUAUGAUAACCACUUCCAAAAAGGAAUUUAAGACCAGAUACUACAGUUAUCAUACACGAGCAUUCUACAGUCUCAAAUACCAGAAAAUUCUUUAAAAGACUCUUUAAAAGUGGCAUAUUCUCGCGAUUUUGAAGAAAGUGCAACAUUCACCCCUUAAAACAAUAAAAAAAUAUUAUUAAAAUUGAAAAAGCAUAAUUUUUAUUUAUUGUAAAAGAAUGUCCCAAUACUCAACAAAUUCUGAAAGAAACAUAUAAUACUAUUUAUCCAGAAGAAAUAAGUAUAAAAUUUUCGAUUUUAUGUUGCACCAGCUUCGAAUUACGAUUUUGUAUAUUCAAUGGCAAAUUUAUUAUUUUAAUUAUUAUCUAUCCCUUAUUGUUAUUUGAUCUUAGCUAACAUCUUUAUUAUUAUUCAAUGAAUACAUUGUUUCUGUAUUUCACGCGUGAAAAUACAGAUUGCUUAUUAUUAUCAUCAUCAGUUAUUAUUAUACUUUUAAUUGUUGUGAAAUAUUAUCGAUUGUUAUUAUAAGACUUGAAACUGUUUUGCAAGGACAGUCCCUGCAUCCGAGCAUUUUUGGUGGAACGACUGAAUUCAUUUGGAUGAUUUUUAUGUGCAUUUAAGAGCAGAGAUGGAAUCCUGAUCUCCAUUAAAUUUUCAGUGGAUCCAAAAAUAAAGCUGGAAAUUUAAUUUGAGAUUUAUAGACAAGUCUGUUAUUUAGCAAUGUGAUCCGAAAUUAUUAUUUACGUGAAAUAGUGGGACUGUCCUCGUAAAGAAUCAAAAUAGGAUCGAUGGAUAUUGUCCCAGGCAAACAAAAUGUUGCGAUUUGUGAUUAUAAUUUGAAUUCCGGACCCUUAAGAUGAACAAGUUUUUUUUUAAUUGUCUGGAGACUUCUGGAUCGAUUUUUUCAAAUUGAAUGAUUCGAAUGUAAUACCUCAGUUAAGUUUUAGCUUAAAACCUGAUGACUUUUCCUUCGGAGAAUAAAUUUUUAUUUGCGGAAAGAAAUUUUGAGACGGUAGUAUUAAGAAGCUUUUUGAUUUUCUGAAUGAGGAAACUUCUUACCGUCUGAUUACACAGAGCUUUUGAUUUUGAGGGAUUAUUUUCGACUCGUUCCUUCACUGAUUAGAAUAUUAUUUAUUGUAAAAAAUCUAAAAUAUACUGGUCUUCGAAAUUUAAAA